AUGUGUCGGGCCCUGGACUUGAGCUUCGGCCUAUUGUCGCUGAGUUCCUUUAUUGCCUGCUUUGGUACCCUCCACAUGCUCAACAAGAUUGUACACAUCCAUGCGGAUGCCUCCGUUCAUGUGGCUGUGCGUGUGUCGGACGACAGCUCCAUCUCCGAACGCUGCAGCAGGACCAUAAUUGUGGACAACAUCCAAUUGCCGCAUCUCACCUGCCUGGAGCUCUUCUAUAUGCGCUGGACGGUGGUGCUGACCCUGGUCUAUUCGUUUCUUGUCAUGAUUAUGAUGAGGGCCAAGUACGUGAGCCACUUUCAGAUCAAUCAGGUCACAUCCAAUGGGAUGAUGCUUGUGGGCACUGUCCUGGCUGUGGUUCUGCUCAUUUCCACCACGAUACUCCACGAGCGGACGCCCUUUGUGGAGGUGUGGUGCAACAAUUUCAUCAUCUACUAUCUAUACUACAUUGACCUCAACACCAUCGUGGCCGUCGCCUACUUCAUUUACACAUCCUGCUACCUAUUAGUGGGCUCAGAGGGCGACCAAGAGCCGGUAUAUAUUAUGUGAUCACUGAUCAGCAGUCUAUGUAUGGUCUUUGACGCAUAGUAGCUGUUGCCUCCUGGCUUAACAUCCUGCCGUUCGGCUAUCAAUUUCCCUGUUAGGCCUCGCAGAAUUCGAUUGAUUUUCAUGUUUUAAACAUAUUUAUAAUGAAGAAAAACGCACAUAUUUA